UAAAGACUGAAGCUGUCAGUGAUGUGAGCCACUGCUUUUCAGGAGCUGAGCUGGACUGUGAUCUCACCAUGUCUAUCCACUGUGAACUGCUAAUACUGAUACUUGCUCUGACUCUUGGUAUUCAAGGUAAGUUAAUUGGAGGUAAGGAGGCUGUGCCACAUAGCAGACCCUACAUGGUGCUUUUGGAGCGGCACAUGCAGGAUGGUAAAACAAAAUACUGCGGUGGCUUCCUUCUGAAUGAGGAUUUUGUGAUGACUGCAGCCCACUGCCAAGCCAGUUCCUACACAGUCUUACUAGGAGUUCACAAUAUCCAUAACAGUAAUGGAGUACAGCGUAUAUCUGUGGAACAAGCAUUUCCACAUGAAGACUACAGUGAAACCAAUUUCAACAAUGACAUAAUGCUUCUUAAGUUGAGCUCCAAGGCAAAAUUCAGCGCAAGUGUGAGACCCAUUGCUCUCGCAGGCCAAGGUGAUGGCUCUCUGCCAAAAUCAUGUAUAGUCUCCGGCUGGGGAAAAACAGACAAGACUAUAAAUUAUAUGUCUGUUGUACUCGUGGAAGUCAGUGUAACACUGAUUGACAGUAAGCAGUGUCCUUCUAACAAAGUGUACUGCUCUGAGGGAGAAACUGGACCUGAUAAGGGAGAUUCUGGUAUUCCACUGGUCUGUGAAGAUGGAAAGGUGUACGGGUUGUCGUCCCACAUCUUCCUCCCGCACUCAGGUGGCCCGGAAAUUAAAGUUUAUACCAAAAUUCCUGACUACAGAAGCUGGAUCGAUUCAACCAUGGAAAAUGCAUUGAAAAGCUUGGAUACAUGUAAGAUUUGGUUGAUAAAACCAUAAGAACAACUUGA